AUGUUCUCCUCUGAUGUUCAGCCUAGCCUUGUCUCUAUAUUCUCGUCCACGGGGAGCGAGCCUCUUAGUACUUUUUUGUCAAGCACGGACAAGUCACUACCAUCAGAUUCGUUCAUAUGCUUUUGCAACGACGCGACGUCUCUGCCACAUCCACGACUACCGGCUACUCUGGUCUCACCUUCUACCAACGAGCAAGGCGCACCGGACUAUGCUCUACAACAGACCGUUCUGCAUAUCCAAUCCCCUACUCUUCGCACAACUUUCAUCCGCUGCCCUCCAUUUCGCGAUGCCAACGGUCCUAGUGGACAUCUCGGCAUGAAGCAUCCCUGGAUCCACUUCCAGGUUCGCAACAUGGGCCGUGAAUGUUCCUUGGAGAUUGGAUUGGUUGACCAGUCUGGCAGAGAGGGUGUGGUCAGAUGCUCUACAUUCCAGAGAGAGCCAUUGCUCCGCCUGGGAAACCCUCCCCUCCUUCAUUUACCCCUCUUACUACCGUCGUCCUCCUCCCGUCUGCUCACAUCGUGGUGUACGAUCAACCUGAACCUCCCCGCAUUGCUUCCACACUUCUUGUCCGCUUCUCUCUUGCGCCCCGACGGAGACGAGGACGCGGAUUCACUGGACAGCGACGACGAGGACGACGUACCUGCAGGGACGUACUCGUACGUCUCGUACGUCAAGGUAUACGCCACAUGCCGAUUGAGGCGAAUAUGGUUCAGCGAGGACGGGCCAAAACAGAGGCUGCCAUGGGAGUUUCAGCUUUAUGCAGCUGAUUGA